AACCUCAAAAACAACCACGUCAUGAAGCUCGCCCCCGUCCCCCCGUUCUUUUCAUAGUUGACAUCACUGACCUCUCCAGGUCCGCAAGCAGUUGGGAAUAUUUGUACUCCACAAAGGUCAAAAAUGGCGGUCCCGCAAAACGUUGGAAAACACCUCAGUUUCCUCCAACUAUUAACCCACGAACUGUGUGUGUGUGUGUGUGUGUGUGAGAGAGAGAGAGAGAGAGAGAGAGAGAGAGAGAGAGAGAGAGAUGGACGGGAGAGCGUGGGGUUCGCUGCCGUUUGUGGGGAUGAUCAUGGUGGUUCUGGCUCAAGCGGGCAACAUGGUGGUGAUGAAAAUGGCCAUGUCCGAUGGGAUCAACAAGUAUACCAUGGCCUUUUACUGUAAUGCCCUCUCCUCUCUUGCCCUCCUCCCUUGUCCCUUCAUCAUCUCUCGCAGGUCAGGGUCGUGUCCUCCUCUCACUUUCUCUGUAUUUCGCAAGAUCUUCUUGCUCGCUCUGGUUGGAUUCGCAUCACAGAUGAGCGGAUUCGUCGGAAUCGAUUACAGCUCCCCUGUUCUGGGCACGGCCCUGAUGAACCUCAUCCCAGCUUUCACUUUCAUUCUGGCCAUUUUUUCAAGGAUGGAGAAAGUGAAUUGGAAAAGCUCAAGCAGCCAAGCUAAGCUUGUGGGAACCAUUGCAUCAAUUCUUGGUGCGUUCUUAGUCACUCUCUACAAGGGUCCGCCGCUUCACCGCUCACCUUUGCCUCCUGCUUCUGUCCAACCUCAUCGCCUUCUUUUUGUUCUCUCGCGACAAUCGAAUUGGAUUCUUGGCGGCUUUCUCCUCGCUGCCGAAGCUUUCUUGAUGUCAUCAGCAAUCAUCGUACAGGCAUUUAUCCUAAAAAAUUACCCCGUGGUGAUGAACAUAAUGUUCUAUGUAAUGUUCUUCCAGACAAUUUUUUCCGGGUUAUUGUCCUUCGUUAUAGUGAGAGAACCACAGUCAUGGAUCCUUAAAGUCGAUGUCGGUUUGAUCGCUAUUUUGUACUCGGCUUUGGUUGCUGGUGUCUUCAGACUCACAUUGGGUAUAUGGUGUCUGAAGAGAACUGGACCUGUUUUUGUCUCCAUGUUCCAGCCCUUGGGAACUGUAUUUGCUGUUGUAUUGGGGUUCAUAUUUCUUGGCGAAAAGUUACACAUUGGAAGCUUAAUCGGAGCAACCGUGAUUGUGAUGGGAUUCUACGCGGUCGUGUGGGGGAAGUCCAAAGAGGAAGAGAAGGCGAUCGAGGGCAGCGGGGUUGGAGAGAGCUUGGCAUCCUCGAGCGACAAGAUUCCUUUGCUCCAAGAUAAAGCUUCCAGUGUGUAGAUAUUCAUUCCUGUCGUUGUCGCCUACUCUGUCCGAUCACGGAUUUAUACUACUUGGAGCGGAAGAAGAGAGUCAACAGCCGCAGCGGAUUAUGGUCGGCGACGCCAACAUGGGUGCUCAUGAAAGUUCAGCAACGACCCAGCACUUUGGUUGAGCGGCUCAGCGAUGGCUUGACAAGGCAGUCCAGUGAAAGGCGGCAGAGUCUAAAGAAAACGAAACAGAGCAGAAUUCAAGAGACAAAGCUAUAAUGAGUUGAAAUCAAUCCUAGAGUUUGAUCGGAGAAGAAACAACCCGGUACGCGUGGCGGCGAGUAGGAGGUGAGUUGGUGGCGGCGUGAUAACUUGAAGACGCACAGGGAUUGUCAAAGCACGGCGGCAAUGCAGGGAGUGGCGACACUGGGUCGGAGCUUGCGACGAGAGGAUAAAGCUCGGUGGAAUUUGAAUUUGUGGGAGAAGAAUGGAGCCUUAAAAAGAUUUUCCUAUUUCGCUCUCCACGUAUUUACGAACGAGCUUUGCUAGCAUAACAGUCUUUGAACCACUGUGAGAGUAACAC